GUGUUGGAGGCGCGGUCACUAUGAGACGGCGACGAGGGAGGCAGGAGGUGGUGGACGAUGAGGAGGCCCUGCAUAUAAACCGGACCCAUAAAAGAGAUAAAGAGCAGCACUGGACAGUUUCACUCUAGCCUUCUGAUAUCUCACUAGCUGCUACCUCAGCCCUCCGCCCACGGUCAUCCUCAUCCGUGUAGAAAGUCCUCGUAGAACUGUUGCAAGUUAUACAGUGAUGACGGUAUAUCUGAAAACUGUGUGCCCAUAAUAGCAUUGGAUAGCUUAUUUUGUAAACAGAUCGCAGUGCCUUAGUAAAGAGUGUACAGUGUGAAGUUGUGGGUAGAUAAUUCAGAGCAACUUUGUGUUCAAGUAGUUCAAUAGGCAUACGCUAGAUUUGUUACCUAAGGAGUGUGUAAGGGAAAAAUAUAGAAUUUCGUUUCACCGUGACCAUCUACCCCGGCCAACAUGUGUGAGGGCUACCAGAUUCGUUUCGACGUGGCCUUUAAGAAGGAGAACGACACUGUUAUUACAAUUCUGAAGCCUGUCAUCACCAAGUGCCCUGAGGACCCGGGACCUAUCAUCGCCGGAGUCUUCCUCUCAAUCAUCUUCCUCGGAGCCUUCCUCCUCAACCUGAUGGUGGUGGUGACGGUGGCCACCAGUUACACCCUCAAGAGGUUUCUCUACUGCCACCUCCUCAUUAACCUCAGCCUCUCCUGCAUGAUAGACUGUUUCCUCAACCUGAGUAUUGCCAUCGGCUACGUCACCACCGCGCCUUGGAGGUUUGGCUACGGUGUGAGUUACUUUAAUGGCUUUACGAUAAACAUGAUGAAUAGUGAGAUGGCCUUCGCUGUAUUACUGUUGGCUGUUGAUAGAUUAGCUGCAGCCAAGAAGUAUACCUCAUACCUCAACAGUGAGAAGUACAAAUUGGGUGUAGUGAUAGGUGUAACGUGGGUGGUGGCGUUUAUUCUGGCCUCACCCCUGGUGUGUGGUUUCGUACUCAGUAUGCCUUAUAAAAACAGAUACUCGUGUUCUGUCGCUGAUCCAAGAGACGAUUAUUACCUCAUUACGCACCUGUUACUGAUCGUGUGUUUGCCAACGCUUGUGAUGGUGGUGUUAGUGUGUGUGAUCUCAGUGACAUUCCACCGUGAGCGUAAAAAACAAAAGAGAAUCAAAGGUAACCAAACGAUGAGUUAUUUCGACCAAAUUUUGAUGACUCCAUACUUUAGAAACGAGUUCUAUCCGUCAGUGUUUGUGAUUUGUGCAGUGAUAGCGUACGUUAUGCUUUGGCUUCCCUUCACCGGUCUCACCACCAUUAGCCCCAUGAUGACCAAACACUGGGCCAAUGAGACGACCGAAGAUUCUCCCGACGAUGACUUCAGUCGCUUCUUGCCAACAACGAGGAGCAACUUCAGGGUGAGUCGGGCUAUGGUGGACGCGACUCAACUGGAAGCUCUGAAUAGCACCAACGCUACCUUGCCCUCCGACAUGACGCCAGAUAUGACCAACAUAACCAUGGACGAAGGUUUUAUCCCGGAGAUAGUGGACACCCCAGCCUUCGAUACCGUGGCCGUCUGGUUCCGCUUCAUUUUCAACAUUGUUGUGCCAAUUUUAGUGUUUAUCACUCUGAGGGAGGUGAGGACCAAGUGUGAGGCACUCAUCAUGUGCUGCAGACCUAACUCUGUGGACGUGGCCUCGCCCAAACCCUCACGUCCACCCUACAUCAGCAGCCUACCCGGCACUGGGACUGCAGAGAAGAAGGCCGGGGACACCAAGUCACAGAAGAAACAAAAAAAAGACAACAAAAACACCAUCAACUGCAAAACACCGAUCCUCUUCUCGACCUCCGAGGGCCUUCACAUCCGAACAAUUGGGGAUACUUACUUGGACAUGAAGGAAAAUAGAUCAUUGUUACCAUUCAACCGACAAAACAAUGAUCAACCAAAGUUUGUGUACAACCUGUGUGAUGUCAUGCUCGGGUAUGAAGAUCUCACAGACUUCGACGGGCAGUUCCAUAUAGAUGACAGCUACGACUUUGAGGGAGACCCAGAGGCUGAGAACCUGGGUAAAGGUAACGCCGUAGUCAUCGGGGCACAGCGGGCCGCCUUGGGGCAGAAGGGACAAGGCCCUGCUGAGAGCAAUGACGAGGAGGAAGGCACCAACUUCAAUAUUGACUACCGACCACCAACUCCACCCAAAGUUCAGGUCGUGGGCAACGACUCCGCUGUAAACUUCGGCAAUGCCCUAGAGGCGGAGGAUGUCAACAAGCAUAAGAAAGGAAAGAAAGUUAGAUUUGCAACUUUGCUGAAUGAGGAGAUUCCACGCCCACGCUCCGCUGAAAGUUCCAUCCUCAACUCGUCCGCCAACAGCUCUCGUUCCACUGACUCUGGGAUUAUGGCUGAUAACGAACGUAACUCUGCUCAACAAGACAAUGAGAAUCGGAAACCAAGAUUGAAUGUUAACAAUCGACAACAAGCUGCCAAAAAACAGACCAACAAACCUGGAGUAAAGGCCCGCGCUACUCGGAAACCCCCGCCCCCCAAGAAGGUGGGGGCACCUUCCUCCAAAAUUCCUUCCGGGCCCAAGACACCAAAGAAGGUUGUGUCCUCCAAAAUUCGGAAUAUCAAGAGUCGUCACAUGAAUAAUCUCAACUCCUCCCUCACGUCUCUGGAGAAUAAAUCACCGACGAGAGCCAGGAGGUUCUCCAAAGCCAGCACAUAACUCUCCAUGGCGAGUCCUCCACCCAUGGGAGGGGCGCUUGGUAGUUGCUAGGCGAGCGACUACGCCUUCCCCAGGGAUGCACAAGCCGACUACCAUACUUAUUGAAGACUGAACACACUCUUACUGCCAGCGUUCCUACUCAUGCAAGAUGAAUAUAUCUACUCUGUCCAGAAGAAACUAUAUACUGCGCCUUCGUCUUCAUCUAGAAUUUUCUCCAUGUCUAAUACUCCCAUCACUCCGUCAGACGAACUCCCUUCACUCCAUCCACAACACUUGUCACUCUGUCAAAACCCACUCCAGCCCUUAAACCAUUGUUAUGGUUCUCAGCACAACUAUCCACCACUACAGUGACUCGCAUCCACUGCCCUAAGUUUAUCCAUAAUAAUUUUGAGGAGAAAACUUGAAUCCACGUGUGAAAUACAGUAGUUUUAUUUAUUUUUUAUUUGUGGAUACUUAUUUUAUGUCUGAAAUUGUGAUAUAAUGUACAGUAUAGAUAAGGAGAAUUAUUACGCACACUGCUUCCGAGUAUAAAAUUAUACUGAAAUUCACGACGAAAUCUGAAACGUAUUGUCACCAACACAAGUUAACAGAAAUCACAAGUCGGAUUACUGUCAUAUGUGUGAUAAUAAGAAUACUAGUAGAUGACUUUAUUGAAAAAUUAUAUCAGUAUAGUUAGGCGGACAUCGAGGGUUGAUUAACGAAACAACAAAAGAGACACCUACAAAGACACUCACAGAAUUGAAUUAAAUGUGAUAAGUAAAUUGCAUGUCUAACAUAUGUUUAUAUUUAUAAGUAUUUGUAUAUUUAAUAUGAAUUUGGUUAGGGUAAAUUGAUUUAGUAUUUACAUUUUUGUGUUUAGUAAGCGAGUAAUUUGAAUGGGCUGACUGAUUUCCUGUGUAAAGUUAUUGUACUUUCUAGGACUUUACACUGCUGGUAACAGUAUCUAUCAGUCACCACAGAUUAUAUCAAUUAAUAAGGAUAAAUUGAUCCAAUCCCAUUGUAUGGAUAACAUUGAUCGGGUGUACCAAGAAGCUUUAUUCACCAGUAACACUAACCCAAGACUGAAUGUUUGUGUAAUAUUAUUUUAACUUACCUUAUAUAUUUUUCCCGUGAGAAAACACAACAAAGGCUGUGUUGACAUAUCAUUAAAUGUGCAACUAUACUCUGAAAAUAAUGUUGUAACUAGUCAUCCCAGCACACUCACCUGCUCUACAAUUACCAAAUGUGAUACAACACCAAUCAUGAUUUUUAUAUAAUUGAACAUAUAACAGUGUAAGCCUGAAAGCAAAACAAAAAACUAACCGGGCGCAACCGGUAUUUAAUUGUAAAUAGUAAUGCCAAUGCGAAUCUAAUAUUGUACCAGCAUUGUGUUUCUCACUCGCAGUCUCACAAGAAACAUAAUUCAAUCUCAGUACUCAAGAAAACAGGCAACAACACCCAGUCUAUUGCUUAUGUGGUGGAGAGACUUUAGCUGUCAUCAGAGUGACGUGUGUGAUACUGUACAGUAUAUGAGACUCACAAACUUGUGUUUUAGAAACCUGCCCGCAAAUAUUUUUAUAGUACUUUAUAGAAACCUACCCACAAACAUCUUAUGAACCAGUGUGACUGGUUCAUAAGAAUCAUUAUGACUGGUGUGGCAUGUAGACUGGUUCAUUAGAAUCAUUAUGACUGGUGUGGUAUGUAGACUGGUUCAUUAGAAUCAUUAUGACUGGUGUGGUAUGUAGACUGGUUCAUUAGAAUCAUUAUGACUGGUGUGGUAUGUAGACUGGUUCAUAAGCAUCAUUAUGACUGGUGUGGUAUGUAGACUGGUUCAUAAGCAUCAUUAUGACUGGUGUGGUAUGUAGACUGGUUCAUUAGAAUAAUUAUGACUGGUGUGGUAUGUAGACUGGUUCAUAAGCAUCAUUAUGACUGGUGUGGUAUGUAGACUGGUUCAUUAGAAUAAUUAUGACUGGUGUGGUAUGUAGACUGGUUCAUAAGCAUCAUUAUGACUGGUGUGGUAUGUAGACUGGUUCAUAAGCAUCAUUAUGACUGGUGUGGUAUGUAGACUGGUUCAUUAGAAUAAUUAUGACUGGUGUGGUAUGUAGACUGGUUCAUAAGCAUCAUUAUGACUGGUGUGGUAUGUAGACUGGUUCAUUAGAAUCAUUAUGACUGGUGUGGUAUGUAGACUGGUUCAUUAGAAUCAUUAUGACUGGUGUGGUAUGUAGACUGGUUCAUUAGAAUCAUUAUGACUGGUGUGGUAUGUAGACUGGUUCAUUAGAAUCAUUAUGACUGGUGUGGUAUGUAGACUGGUUCAUUAGAAUCAUUAUGACUGGUGUGGUAUGUAGACUGGUUCAUUAGAAUCAUUAUGACUGGUGUGGUAUGUAGACUGGUUCAUAAGCAUCAUUAUGACUGGUGUGGUAUGUAGACUGGUUCAUUAGAAUAAUUAUGACUGGUGUGGUAUGUAGACUGGUUCAUAAGCAUCAUUAUGACUGGUGUGGUAUGUAGACUGGUUCAUUAGAAUCAUUAUGACUGGUUCAUAAGCAUCAUUAUGACUCUACUGUGGAGAGAAACAAUUCAGGGAAAACUGAUAAUCUUCAGACGAAAGAGAAUCGACACUUUUACUGAAGGAAUGCUGAUGGUUUCAUGACGAAAUAGUCUUUCUAGUAAAUAAAUAUGAAAAGGAAUAACCUCUAUAGCUGUCAGUGCGUCGAACAGUUGUGGGUGAGCUGCGUUUUUUGUUGAAUAGUCGAGGUAAGAUCUGCAACACAGUGGUAGAAAAGACCCAAGACACUCAUUAACUCUCUCGUCUUGUCGGAGGGAAAAGUUAUAAUGGCAAGAAAGUCUACGAUGAUGCAAUUCAAGAAGUGUUAGCAAUUUGAUUCGCACAUUUUUCCUCACUUACGGCCGGGUUCUCUUCGGGUUCAUACUACAUCACAGAAAGUAUAUACAUUGUGCUGGUAUAUAUAAAAUUACCAAGCUUGUGUUUAUAAGUGAAGUAACCCGGGGAAGCCUUUGUCAUAUUCUGAGAUUAUGUUUUUGUAUAAAUGGUUGGGAUAUUAUUUGCUGACACAGGAGGUAACACAUGUGAUAUGCGUCAAUUCAGUAACUGAAUGUAACAAUAUUUUAACGUACAAAUGUAUGCCUGUGUGAAUAAAAACCGUACACAAA